GCCGCGCGGCCGUAGCGCUCUCGCGGCAGUCGCGGUCGCCUGCGAUGAGUUUAGUUUUGAAAACAAAGGGCCGGCCGCCGUUUACCGUGGUGCGUCGUCGUCGUCGUCGUCACGCGGCUCGCGCGUAAAAGGAAACGGAGCAAACGGAGGCGCUUCGUCCGCAAGCGCACGGCGCAGACGGCACAGACCGGAGAGGAUUAAAACCCGGGACGAGGUCGUGGUGUCGUUGUGUACGUUCUCACGGCUCCUUCCGUCCCUCUUUCGUUCACCUGUUUACUCGUACGUCCGUCCGUUCGUUUCCUACCUAUCGUUCUCUCUUCCUUUCUGUCUGUAUAGAGAUUAUUAAAUCCCGCUUAUUGUCUCUUUCUCCCCCGUCUCUCCUACGCUCUCCCGACCGUCCCCCGGAGUGCCCCGGGACAACUCUCCCUUCGGAUCGUCGUCGGAAACGUGAUCGACACACGAAAAAAAUGGACGCACUACGGGAGCAGGUGAUGAUCAAUCAGUUUGUGUUGGCCGCGGGCUGUGCCAGGGAACAGGCGAAGCAGUUGCUGCAAGCGGCGCAUUGGCAAUUCGAGACCGCUCUCAGUAUUUUCUUCCAAGAGGCGGCGAUACCUUCAUGCGCGCAAGGAGCCGGCACCCACUUCGGCCAAAUAACACCGUGCAACACGCCAGCCACUCCGCCGAAUUUCCCGGACACGUUGCUGGCGUUUUCCAAAAUGUCUGCGGGUGAAAAAACUCCAUCGGGAAUGUCGCCGAGCCAGAAUGGAUUUCAGGCGAAUUCGACACCGAUGGCGAGCAUCGUGCAGCAUCACGCCGCCGGCGGCCGGUGUAGCGCAUCCGGCAACACGACACAGCAACAGACGCAAUCCCAACAGACACAAUUCGGCCUGGGCGAGCCGCAGAGAUAAAAAUGACUGUGCUAAUUGGCGAUGCGCGAGCACGAGACGUCACGUAGAUGCGCGCGAUAACGUUUCCGGAGAACAAAAUAGUGCGCUCUAAGCAAGGGAAGAGUGAGAAAGAGAGGGAACGGGAAGUGAAAAAACGUAUGUACGGAAAAGAGGAGAACUCCCCCUGUCUUCUGAGAAAGAGCGCGUCCUUCCCGGGAAAAGAAUGAGGAAUGAUUCGCGAAAUUCGCGAAUAAGAUCGCAGCAACUACACGAGAUACCUUCUACAGAUUGGAACUGGAUUGCUAUUGAAUCGUUACGUUAUUCACGCACAAUAAGCGACGUACAUAUUGUGUUACGUGCGAACGCGCGAAUAAGUCCCGAGUAUUGAUUUCCCCGAUAAUGCCUGAGACAGAGAGAGUGUAACACGUAUUUCGAUUUCCUUCUCGGCUUCCUCGAGACAUCUAAUACAUAGAAUAGGGUCGAGUAGUCCGCUAUAUGUAUAUGUGUAUAUGUAUGGCCGGUACGAAACGCGAGUGAGGAAGAAGAGAUGAAAAUCCAUAUCGAAGAGCCUCCUUCGUUUUUUUUUCUCUGACAUGUCGGGACCAUCUCGUAGGUCCAAAACGGUCGAGGACAUCGACAAUCCUGGAAUGAUCGCACUGUGAGAACGGCUCCUUCACUCCAAUCUGACUUCCUUAUCUCCUUAGAUGCUAUAGACACGUGACUGUUUCUCAGAUUCACCGUACAUCACCGUUAGACUAGAGAGGGUGAAUUUCCGCUAAUCACUUCCACACCACAGUACAAAAGAAUUGCGAGGUACAGCUUCCUCGGUUACUUGAAAAUUUUUACUUUAUCGCACCUUUUCGCGGAAAAUGACGGGAAAAUGUACGUAUCUUCAAUGUAGGUUGAAAGUCGAAAUCGCUACUGCACAAUGAUUCGCAGACAUUCGCUUAACCACGGAACUCGAGUGUUUUAUUACGAUCCUUUCGCUGUUGUCUUAAAAUAGUGAUGCUUACGGCACACGCGUUACUCGCGCGACGCGUGCCGUUUCCAUAAACGAUAUUUCGAUGGUAUAAAUAUAACGAGGCUAAGUAUAAUAAAUGAAACUCUUGUAAAAAUUUGUAAAAAGAGUAUCCCGAGUUAUGUAACGCGUUUGUUUUACAUAAUAAAUAACUAUGUAAAAAGUAAGUAAAAUAAAAUCAAGGAAGAUCUCGCGAGUGAUAAGAGUAUAAUAGUCUGAAGGAUUGAUUUAGGUGAACAGAGUAUGACCGGUGAAUACGAGCAGUGAGGAAUUCUUGAAUUCGAUUAUUUCGGCUACUCGCGAAUAGAGAUUACUGCCUGGUUUUACGCAGCACUAGACUUCACGAUGUUCACAAAAGAAUGCUCUUGUAUGGCAGCUGGCAAUACUGAUUCUGAUAUCAUAGUAUAUCAAUAUCCGAAUAUAUGGAACUCUGUAUCUUUCAUUAUAUUUCUCGUAACAUACAUGGUCGAUUAUUCAUACUAUAGAUACAUAUUUGUUUCCAUUAAGACUCUAUUUAUUCGAUGUAGCAGCGAAUUUAGUUCUUCACAGCUUUUUAGAAGCCCGUUUGAGGUUCCCAUUCCUUUGCUGCAACCUUAUUGAAUUAUGACAUAGGAAGUGAAAAAUCGUGUAAAUUUUUUUUCUUACACUAUAUAUCGAAAUAAAUUAGUUCUUUUGUAUGCCAAUAUUCGCGUUAAAUACUGUAGAUUGAUAAAAAUAUACCGAAAAAAUGCUUCUUUUUCUUUUUUGCUUCCUCAUAUAGGAAGCUUUGUUAUUAUUUUACAUGCAUUAGUAAAUGCAAUAUGAUAUAAUGUCUUUUUCAACGAAAAUGAACAUUAUAACUUUAUGAAGAUGUGUAGGUAAUUUACCUAGAAAAGACCGUCUUUAAUAUAUUUUAUCAAUCAAUAAUGUCAAAUAUGCAUGUAAAAGGACUAAUCUAUUUCUACAAUAUAGAAAAAGUAUUUGUAUGAUUUCUUGCUGUUAAUGUUACAAUUCAAUACGUGGUAGUGCGGUGAUAGGAUCCUUAACGUAAAACAACUAACAGAGAAUUCUUUAUUCUUUAUAAUCUCUCGAUAUAUCAGACAGAAAAAUGUCUUUACAGACACGCAAUACGGUGUAUUCGAUCCUUUUAUUUGUAGUUAUAUAAUAGAUAGUCUCGAUCAUAAUAAAAAAUUUUUAGGUUCAAGCUUAAUUUGAUAAUUUAACUUUCAUGCAAUAGCAUCCAGGCGUCGUAUAACUUUGUUAAUGGGUUUAUUGUAAAUAAUAGUAGAUAUUUAGUCGUAAGAAAAAAAAAGUACUUUGUGAAGGUACGAGAUAUUUUUUCCAAUAAGGUACACGCUUUAAUAUCUUCCUUACGUUUGUGUACUGUCUAGGCUGUAUUCAAAGAUGAUAUAAAACUAUCGACGAGGAACGAGAAUGUUUUACUAUGUUGAAAUUAUGAUUAUUGUUUAUUUGACUAUUACAAAGACAGAUAAUGGUCAUGUACAUAAUUUUGAAAAAUUAAAUAAAAUAUUGAUAACGGUA